UUGAACAACUCAGUUAUUCAGCCAUGAAUUGGUUAACUAGUCUUGCUUUCGCAGUUCUACUGCUAUCAGUACAGUACGAUGCGGUGCAAAGCGCGUCACCUUUGUCAAGGAGUCCUUGGGCCAAUCCAGCCAAAGCAGGAUCGUUGAUGAACUGUCUUAUCAACAGAAUCUCUAGCUCAAAUGUCUUGCCUCAACAAGAUAAAGAUGACUUGGAAUCCAUUAUGGACACACUGAUGUCUGCAAUAACAGGGGCCAGUGCCAAAGGUAAAAGUUCUGCUGCGCAGUUGCAAGCCAUCAAUAUGGCAGUUGCAUCUUCCCUGGCAGAACUAGUCGUUGCCGAAGACGCAAGCAAUCAGGCAAGCAUUGCAGUAAAGACGCAGGCCCUUUCAGGAGCACUACAGCAAUGUUUCCAAGCAGUCAUGGGCACGGUCGACCGAAAAUUCAUCAACGAAAUAAACGAUUUGAUAACAAUGUUUACCAGAGAAGCUGCCAGUGAAAGUAAUGAAAUUCCCGACCAAGGAUCAUUCUCCGCCAGCGGAUCGUCUGCUUCAUCUUCGUAUCAAGCAGCAAGUCAAAGUUUCCAAGGAUCAUCUCAAACUACAGGCGGAUUUAGUUCAUACUCUCAACCUCAAGUUUCGCAGCCAGCAACUUUCGGCCCUGGGUCAGUCGGAUACACUGGUGGAUCUGGGACAUAUGAUGGAGGAUUGCAAUUAGGCUCAAUUACAGGCGGAACUUCUUUCGGCCAAACAACUGCUGCAUCAACCAGUUUCUCUCAAACAGGAGCUUCUUCUACCAGCGGUGCUGGCUACACAGGACCUGCUGGACCUUCUGGCUACACAGGGCCUGCUGGACCUUCUGGCUACACUGGGCCUGUGGGUGGCGGAGCGCAGUUCGGUUCUGUUUCUGGUCAAACAUCAGGCUUUACCGCAUCUACUGGCGGACAAGCCGCUUACGGUGCAACAAGUGGAGCGUCUGCUGGCCUUAUCUCCAGAGUUGCAAACGCACUUGCCAAUACAUCAACAUUGAGAACUGUCCUCAGAAGAGGUGUAUCCCAACAGAUUGCCUCCACCGUGGUACAGAGAGCCGCUCAGUCGUUGGCCAGUACUCUGGGACUCGACGGAAAUAACUUCUCCAGAAUAGCAUUACAAGCCAUCUCUCAAGUGCCCGCAGGGUCUGACACUUCUGCUUACGCUCAAGCAUUCUCUAGUGCGCUGUUCAAUGCCGGAGUUCUGAAUGCAAGCAACAUUGACACAUUGGGAUCCCGAGUUCUGUCAGCAGUUUUGAACGGAGUAUCAAGUGCGGCGCAAGGUGUUGGCAUCAAUGUAGAUACCGGCAGUGUACAAAGUGACAUUAGUUCCAGUAGCAGCUUCCUCUCAACAAGCUCGUCUUCGGCCAGUUUCUCUCAGACAUCAGCUUCUUCUACCAGCGGUGCUGGCUACACAGGACCUGCUGGACCUUCUGGCUACACAGGGCCUGCUGGACCGUCUGGCUACACUGGGCCUGUGGGUGGCGGAGCGCAGUUCGGUUCUGUUUCAGGUCAAACAUCAGGCUUUACCGCAUCUACUGGCGGACAAGCCGCUUUCGGUGCAACAAGUGGAGCGUCUGCUGGCCUUAUCUCCAGAGUUGCAAACGCACUUGCCAAUACAUCAACAUUGAGAACUGUCCUCAGAAGAGGUGUAUCCCAACAGAUUGCCUCCACCGUGGUACAGAGAGCCGCUCAGUCGUUGGCCAGUACUCUGGGACUCGACGGAAAUAACUUCUCCAGAAUAGCAUUACAAGCCAUCUCUCAAGUGCCCGCAGGGUCUGACACUUCUGCUUACGCUCAAGCAUUCUCUAGUGCGCUGUUCAAUGCCGGAGUUCUGAAUGCAAGCAACAUUGACACAUUGGGAUCCCGAGUUCUGUCAGCAGUUUUGAACGGAGUAUCAAGUGCGGCGCAAGGUGUUGGCAUCAAUGUAGAUACCGGCAGUGUACAAAGUGACAUUAGUUCCAGUAGCAGCUUCCUCUCAACAAGCUCGUCUUCGGCCAGUUUCUCUCAGACAUCAGCUUCUUCUACCAGCGGUGCUGGCUACACAGGACCUGCUGGACCUUCUGGCUACACAGGGCCUGAUGGACCUUCUGGCUACACAGGGCCUGAUGGACCUUCUGGCUACACUGGGCCUGUGGGUGGCGGAGCGCAGUUCGGUUCUGUUUCAGGUCAAACAUCAGGCUUUACCGCAUCUACUGGCGGACAAGCCGCUUUCGGUGCAACAAGUGGAGCGUCUUCUGGCCUUAUCUCCAGAGUUGCAAACGCACUUGCCAAUACAUCAACAUUGAGAACUGUCCUCAGAAGAGGUGUAUCCCAACAGAUUGCCUCCACCGUGGUACAGAGAGCCGCUCAGUCGUUGUCCAGUACUCUGGGAGUCGACGGAAAUAACUUCUCCAGAAUAGCAUUACAAGCCAUCUCUCAAGUGCCCGCAGGGUCUGACACUUCUGCUUACGCUCAAGCAUUCUCUAGUGCGCUGUUCAAUGCCGGAGUUCUGAAUGCAAGCAACAUUGACACAUUGGGAUCCCGAGUUCUGUCAGCAGUUUUGAACGGAAUAUCAAGUGCGGCGCAAGGUGUUGGCAUCAGUGUAGAUAGCGGCAGUGUACAAAGUGACAUUAGUUCCAGUAGCAGCUUCCUCUCAACAAGCUCGUCUGCGUCCAGUUUCUCUCAGACAUCAGCUUCUUCUACCAGCGGUGCUGGCUACACAGGGCCUGCUGGACCUUCUGGAUAUCCUGGACCUGUGGGUGGCGGAGCGCCGUUCGGUCAAACAUCAGGCCUCACCGCACCUACUGGCGGACAAGGCGCUUUCGGCGGUGCAACAAGUGGAGCAUCUGCUGGCCUUAUCUCCAGAGUAGCAAACGCACUUGCCAAUACAUCAACAUUGAGAACUGUCCUCAGAAGAGGUGUAUCCCAACAGAUUGCCUCCAGCGUGGUACAGAGAGCCGCUCAGUCGUUGUCCAGUACUCUGGGAGUCGACGGAAAUAACUUCUCCAGAAUAGCAUUACAAGCCAUCUCUCAAGUGCCCGCAGGGUCUGACACUUCUGCUUACGCUCAAGCAUUCUCUAGUGCGCUGUUCAAUGCCGGAGUUCUGAAUGCAAGCAACAUUGACACAUUGGGAUCCCGAGUUCUGUCAGCAGUUUUGAACGGAGUAUCAAGUGCGGCGCAAGGUGUUGGCAUCAGUGUAGAUAGCGGCAGUGUACAAAGUGACAUUAGUUCCAGUAGCAGCUUCCUCUCAACAAGCUCGUCUGCGUCCAGUUUCUCUCAGACAUCAGCUUCUUCUACCAGCGGUGCUGGCUACACAGGGCCUGCUGGACCUUCUGGAUAUCCUGGACCUGUGGGUGGCGGAGCGCCGUUCGGUCAAACAUCAGGCCUCACCGCACCUACUGGCGGACAAGGCGCUUUCGGCGGUGCAACAAGUGGAGCGUCUGCUGGCCUUAUCUCCAGAGUAGCAAACGCACUUGCCAAUACAUCAACAUUGAGAACUGUCCUCAGAAGAGGUGUAUCCCAACAGAUUGCCUCCAGCGUGGUACAGAGAGCCGCUCAGUCGUUGUCCAGUACUCUGGGAGUCGACGGAAAUAACUUCUCCAGAAUAGCAUUACAAGCCAUCUCUCAAGUGCCCGCAGGGUCUGACACUUCUGCUUACGCUCAAGCAUUCUCUAGUGCGCUGUUCAAUGCCGGAGUUCUGAAUGCAAGCAACAUUGACACAUUGGGAUCCCGAGUUCUGUCAGCAGUUUUGAACGGAGUAUCAAGUGCGGCGCAAGGUGUUGGCAUCAGUGUAGAUAGCGGCAGUGUACAAAGUGACAUUAGUUCCAGUAGCAGCUUCCUCUCAAGAAGCUCGUCUGCGUCCAGUUUCUCUCAGACAUCAGCUUCUUCUACCAGCGGUGCUGGCUACACAGGGCCUGCUGGACCUUCUGGAUAUCCUGGACCUGUGGGUGGCGGAGCGCCGUUCGGUCAAACAUCAGGCCUCACCGCACCUACUGGCGGACAAGGCGCUUUCGGCGGUGCAACAAGUGGAGCGUCUGCUGGCCUUAUCUCCAGAGUAGCAAACGCACUUGCCAAUACAUCAACAUUGAGAACUGUCCUCAGAAGAGGUGUAUCGCAACAGAUUGCCUCCAGCGUGGUACAGAGAGCCGCUCAGUCGUUGUCCAGUACUCUGGGAGUCGACGGAAAUAACUUCUCCAGAAUAGCAUUACAAGCCAUCUCUCAAGUGCCCGCAGGGUCUGAAACUUCUGCUUACGCUCAAGCAUUCUCUAGUGCGCUGUUCAAUGCCGGAGUUCUGAAUGCAAGCAACAUUGACACAUUGGGAUCCCGAGUUCUGUCAGCAGUUUUGAACGGAGUAUCAAGUGCGGCGCAAGGUGUUGGCAUCAGUGUAGAUAGCGGCAGUGUACAAAGUGACAUUAGUUCCAGUAGCAGCUUCCUCUCAACAAGCUCGUCUGCGUCCAGUUUCUCUCAGACAUCAGCUUCUUCUACCAGCGGUGCUGGCUACACAGGGCCUGCUGGACCUUCUGGAUAUCCUGGACCUGUGGGUGGCGGAGCGCCGUUCGGUCAAACAUCAGGCCUCACCGCACCUACUGGCGGACAAGGCGCUUUCGGCGGUGCAACAAGUGGAGCGUCUGCUGGCCUUAUCUCCAGAGUAGCAAACGCACUUGCCAAUACAUCAACAUUGAGAACUGUCCUCAGAAGAGGUGUAUCCCAACAGAUUGCCUCCAGCGUGGUACAGAGAGCCGCUCAGUCGUUGUCCAGUACUCUGGGAGUCGACGGAAAUAACUUCUCCAGAAUAGCAUUACAAGCCAUCUCUCAAGUGCCCGCAGGGUCUGACACUUCUGCUUACGCUCAAGCAUUCUCUAGUGCGCUGUUCAAUGCCGGAGUUCUGAAUGCAAGCAACAUUGACACAUUGGGAUCCCGAGUUCUGUCAGCAGUUUUGAACGGAGUAUCAAGUGCGGCGAAAGGUGUUGGCAUCAGUGUAGAUAGCGGCAGUGUACAAAGUGACAUUAGUUCCAGUAGCAGCUUCCUCUCAACAAGCUCGUCUGCGUCCAGUUUCUCUCAGACAUCAGAUUCUUCUACCAGCGGUGCUGGCUACACAGGGCCUGCUGGACCUUCUGGAUAUCCUGGACCUGUGGGUGGCGGAGCGCCGUUCGGUCAAACAUCAGGCCUCACCGCACCUACUGGCGGACAAGGCGCUUUCGGCGGUGCAACAAGUGGAGCGUCUGCUGGCCUUAUCUCCAGAGUAGCAAACGCACUUGCCAAUACAUCAACAUUGAGAACUGUCCUCAGAAGAGGUGUAUCCCAACAGAUUGCCUCCAGCGUGGUACAGAGAGCCGCUCAGUCGUUGUCCAGUACUCUGGGAGUCGACGGAAAUAACUUCUCCAGAAUAGCAUUACAAGCCAUCUCUCAAGUGCCCGCAGGGUCUGACACUUCUGCUUACGCUCAAGCAUUCUCUAGUGCGCUGUUCAAUGCUGGAGUUCUGAAUGCAAGCAACAUUGACACAUUGGGAUCCCGAGUUCUGUCAGCAGUUUUGAACGGAGUAUCAAGCGCGGCGCAAGGUGUUGGCAUCAGUGUAGAUAGCGGCAGUGUACAAAGUGACAUUAGUUCCAGUAGCAGCUUCCUCUCAACAAGCUCGUCUGCGUCCAGUUUCUCUCAGACAUCAGCUUCUUCUACCAGCGGUGCUGGCUACACAGGGCCUGCUGGACCUUCUGGAUAUCCUGGACCUGUGGGAGGCGGAGCGCCAUUCGGUCAAACAUCAGGCCUCACCGCACCUACUGGCGGACAAGGCGCUUUCGGCGGUGCAACAAGUGGAGCGUCUGCUGGCCUUAUCUCCAGAGUAGCAAACGCACUUGCCAAUACAUCAACAUUGAGAACUGUCCUCAGAAGAGGUGUAUCCCAACAGAUUGCCUCCAGCGUGGUACAGAGAGCCGCUCAGUCGUUGUCCAGUACUCUGGGAGUCGACGGAAAUAACUUCUCCAGAAUAGCAUUACAAGCCAUCUCUCAAGUGCCCGCAGGGUCUGACACUUCUGCUUACGCUCAAGCAUUCUCUAGUGCGCUGUUCAAUGCCGGAGUUCUGAAUGCAAGCAACAUUGACACAUUGGGAUCCCGAGUUCUGUCAGCAGUUUUGAACGGAGUAUCAAGUGCGGCGCAAGGUGUUGGCAUCAGUGUAGAUAGCGGCAGUGUACAAAGUGACAUUAGUUCCAGUAGCAGCUUCCUCUCAACAAGCUCGUCUGCAUCCAGUUUCUCUCAGACAUCAGCUUCUUCUACCAGCGGUGCUGGCUACACAGGGCCUGCUGGACCUUCUGGAUAUCCUGGACCUGUGGGUGGCGGAGCGCCGUUCGGUCAAACAUCAGGCCUCACCGCACCUACUGGCGGACAAGGCGCUUUCGGCGGUGCAACAAGUGGAGCGUCUGCUGGCCUUAUCUCCAGAGUAGCAAACGCACUUGCCAAUACAUCAACAUUGAGAACUGUCUUCAGAAGAGGUGUAUCGCAACAGAUUGCCUCCAGCGUGGUACAGAGAGCCGCUCAGUCGUUGUCCAGUACUCUGGGAGUCGACGGAAAUAACUUCUCCAGAAUAGCAUUACAAGCCAUCUCUCAAGUGCCCGCAGGGUCUGACACUUCUGCUUACGCUCAAGCAUUCUCUAGUGCGCUGUUCAAUGCCGGAGUUCUGAAUGCAAGCAACAUUGACACAUUGGGAUCCCGAGUUCUGUCAGCAGUUUUGAACGGAGUAUCAAGUGCGGCGCAAGGUGUUGGCAUCAGUGUAGAUAGCGGCAGUGUACAAAGUGACAUUAGUUCCAGUAGCAGCUUCCUCUCAACAAGCUCGUCUGCGUCCAGUUUCUCUCAGACAUCAGCUUCUUCUACCAGCGGUGCUGGCUACACAGGGCCUGCUGGACCUUCUGGAUAUCCUGGACCUGUGGGUGGCGGAGCGCCGUUCGGUCAAACAUCAGGCCUCACCGCACCUACUGGCGGACAAGGCGCUUUCGGCGGUGCAACAAGUGGAGCGUCUGCUGGCCUUAUCUCCAGAGUAGCAAACGCACUUGCCAAUACAUCAACAUUGAGAACUGUCCUCAGAAGAGGUGUAUCCCAACAGAUUGCCUCCAGCGUGGUACAGAGAGCCGCUCAGUCGUUGUCCAGUGCUCUGGGAGUCGACGGAAAUAACUUCUCCAGAAUAGCAUUACAAGCCAUCUCUCAAGUGCCCGCAGGGUCUGACACUUCUGCUUACGCUCAAGCAUUCUCUAGUGCGCUGUUCAAUGCCGGAGUUCUGAAUGCAAGCAACAUUGACACAUUGGGAUCCCGAGUUCUGUCAGCAGUUUUGAACGGAGUAUCAAGUGCGGCGCAAGGUGUUGGCAUCAGUGUAGAUAGCGGCAGUGUACAAAGUGACAUUAGUUCCAGUAGCAGCUUCCUCUCAACAAGCUCGUCUGCGUCCAGUUUCUCUCAGACAUCAGCUUCUUCUACCAGCGGUGCUGGCUACACAGGGCCUGCUGGACCUUCUGGAUAUCCUGGACCUGUGGGUGGCGGAGUUCCGUUCGGUCAAACAUCAGGCCUCACCGCACUUACUGGCGGACAAGGCGCUUUCGGCGGUGCAACAAGUGGAGCGUCUGCUGGCCUUAUCUCCAGAGUAGCAAACGCACUUGCCAAUACAUCAACAUUGAGAACUGUCCUCAGAAGAGGUGUAUCCCAACAGAUUGCCUCCAGCGUGGUACAGAGAGCCGCUCAGUCGUUGUCCAGUACUCUGGGAGUCGACGGAAAUAACUUCUCCAGAAUAGCAUUACAAGCCAUCUCUCAAGUGCCCGCAGGGUCUGACACUUCUGCUUACGCUCAAGCAUUCUCUAGUGCGCUGUUCAAUGCCGGAGUUCUGAAUGCAAGCAACAUUGACACAUUGGGAUCCCGAGUUCUGUCAGCAGUUUUGAACGGAGUAUCAAGUGCGGCGCAAGGUGUUGGCAUCAGUGUAGAUAGCGGCAGUGUACAAAGUGACAUUAGUUCCAGUAGCAGCUUCCUCUCAACAAGCUCGUCUGCGUCCAGUUUCUCUCAGACAUCAGCUUCUUCUACCAGCGGUGCUGGCUACACAGGGCCUGCUGGACCUUCUGGAUAUCCUGGACCUGUGGGUGGCGGAGCGCCGUUCGGUCAAACAUCAGGCCUCACCGCACCUACUGGCGGACAAGGCGCUUUCGGCGGUGCAACAAGUGGAGCGUCUGCUGGCCUUAUCUCCAGAGUAGCAAACGCACUUGAGAAUACAUCAACAUUGAGAACUGUCCUCAGAAGAGGUGUAUCCCAACAGAUUGCCUCCAGCGUGGUACAGAGAGCCGCUCAGUCGUUGUCCAGUACUCUGGGAGUCGACGGAAAUAACUUCUCCAGAAUAGCAUUACAAGCCAUCUCUCAAGUGCCCGCAGGGUCUGACACUUCUGCUUACGCUCAAGCAUUCUCUAGUGCGCUGUUCAAUGCCGGAGUUCUGAAUGCAAGCAACAUUGACACAUUGGGAUCCCGAGUUCUGUCAGCAGUUUUGAACGGAGUAUCAAGUGCGGCGCAAGGUGUUGGCAUCAGUGUAGAUAGCGGCAGUGUACAAAGUGACAUUAGUUCCAGUAGCAGCUUCCUCUCAACAAGCUCGUCUGCGUCCAGUUUCUCUCAGACAUCAGAUUCUUCUACCAGCGGUGCUGGCUACACAGGGCCUGCUGGACCUUCUGGAUAUCCUGGACCUGUGGGUGGCGGAGCGCCGUUCGGUCAAACAUCAGGCCUCACCGCACCUACUGGCGGACAAGGCGCUUUCGGCGGUGCAACAAGUGGAGCGUCUGCUGGCCUUAUCUCCAGAGUAGCAAACGCACUUGCCAAUACAUCAACAUUGAGAACUGUCCUCAGAAGAGGUGUAUCCCAACAGAUUGCCUCCAGCGUGGUACAGAGAGCCGCUCAGUCGUUGUCCAGUACUCUGGGAGUCGACGGAAAUAACUUCUCCAGAAUAGCAUUACAAGCCAUCUCUCAAGUGCCCGCAGGGUCUGACACUUCUGCUUACGCUCAAGCAUUCUCUAGUGCGCUGUUCAAUGCCGGAGUUCUGAAUGCAAGCAACAUUGACACAUUGGGAUCCCGAGUUCUGUCAGCAGUUUUGAACGGAGUAUCAAGUGCGGCGCAAGGUGUUGGCAUCAGUGUAGAUAGCGGCAGUGUACAAAGUGACAUUAGUUCCAGUAGCAGCUUCCUCUCAACAAGCUCGUCUGCGUCCAGUUUCUCUCAGACAUCAGAUUCUUCUACCAGCGGUGCUGGCUACACAGGGCCUGCUGGACCUUCUGGAUAUCCUGGACCUGUGGGUGGCGGAGUUCCGUUCGGUCAAACAUCAGGCCUCACCGCACCUACUGGCGGACAAGGCGCUUUCGGCGGUGCAACAAGUGGAGCGUCUGCUGGCCUUAUCUCCAGAGUAGCAAACGCACUUGCCAAUACAUCAACAUUGAGAACUGUCCUCAGAAGAGGUGUAUCCCAACAGAUUGCCUCCAGCGUGGUACAGAGAGCCGCUCAGUCGUUGUCCAGUACUCUGGGAGUCGACGGAAAUAACUUCUCCAGAAUAGCAUUACAAGCCAUCUCUCAAGUGCCCGCAGGGUCUGACACUUCUGCUUACGCUCAAGCAUUCUCUAGUGCGCUGUUCAAUGCCGGAGUUCUGAAUGCAAGCAACAUUGACACAUUGGGAUCCCGAGUUCUGUCAGCAGUUUUGAACGGAGUAUCAAGUGCGGCGCAAGGUGUUGGCAUCAGUGUAGAUAGCGGCAGUGUACAAAGUGACAUUAGUUCCAGUAGCAGCUUCCUCUCAACAAGCUCGUCUGCGUCCAGUUUCUCUCAGACAUCAGCUUCUUCUACCAGCGGUGCUGGCUACACAGGGCCUGCUGGACCUUCUGGAUAUCCUGGACCUGUGGGUGGCGGAGCGCCGUUCGGUCAAACAUCAGGCCUCACCGCACCUACUGGCGGACAAGGCGCUUUCGGCGGUGCAACAAGUGGAGCGUCUGCUGGCCUUAUCUCCAGAGUAGCAAACGCACUUGCCAAUACAUCAACAUUGAGAACUGUCCUCAGAAGAGGUGUAUCCCAACAGAUUGCCUCCAGCGUGGUACAGAGAGCCGCUCAGUCGUUGUCCAGUACUCUGGGAGUCGACGGAAAUUACUUCUCCAGAAUAGCAUUACAAGCCAUCUCUCAAGUGCCCGCAGGGUCUGACACUUCUGCUUACGCUCAAGCAUUCUCUAGUGCGCUGUUCAAUGCCGGAGUUCUGAAUGCAAGCAACAUUGACACAUUGGGAUCCCGAGUUCUGUCAGCAGUUUUGAACGGAGUAUCAAGUGCGGCGCAAGGUGUUGGCAUCAGUGUAGAUAGCGGCAGUGUACAAAGUGACAUUAGUUCCAGUAGCAGCUUCCUCUCAACAAGCUCGUCUGCGUCCAGUUUCUCUCAGACAUCAGAUUCUUCUACCAGCGGUGCUGGCUACACAGGGCCUGCUGGACCUUCUGGAUAUCCUGGACCUGUGGGUGGCGGAGCGCCGUUCGGUCAAACAUCAGGCCUCACCGCACUUACUGGCGGACAAGGCCCUUUCGGCGGUGCAACAAGUGGAGCGUCUGCUGGCCUUAUCUCCAGAGUAGCAAACGCACUUGCCAAUACAUCAACAUUGAGAACUGUCCUCAGAAGAGGUGUAUCCCAACAGAUUGCCUCCAGCGUGGUACAGAGAGCCGCUCAGUCGUUGUCCAGUACUCUGGGAGUCGACGGAAAUAACUUCUCCAGAAUAGCAUUACAAGCCAUCUCUCAAGUGCCCGCAGGGUCUGACACUUCUGCUUACGCUCAAGCAUUCUCUAGUGCGCUGUUCAAUGCCGGAGUUCUGAAUGCAAGCAACAUUGACACAUUGGGAUCCCGAGUUCUGUCAGCAGUUUUGAACGGAGUAUCAAGUGCGGCGCAAGGUGUUGGCAUCAGUGUAGAUAGCGGCAGUGUACAAAGUGACAUUAGUUCCAGUAGCAGCUUCCUCUCAACAAGCUCGUCUGCGUCCAGUUUCUCUCAGACAUCAGCUUCUUCUACCAGCGGUGCUGGCUACACAGGGCCUGCUGGACCUUCUGGAUAUCCUGGACCUGUGGGUGGCGGAGCGCCGUUCGGUCAAACAUCAGGCCUCACCGCACCUACUGGCGGACAAGGCGCGUUCGGCGGUGCAACAAGUGGAGCGUCUGCUGGCCUUAUCUCCAGAGUAGCAAACGCACUUGAGAAUACAUCAACAUUGAGAACUGUCCUCAGAAGAGGUGUAUCCCAACAGAUUGCCUCCAGCGUGGUACAGAGAGCCGCUCAGUCGUUGUCCAGUACUCUGGGAGUCGACGGAAAUAACUUCUCCAGAAUAGCAUUACAAGCCAUCUCUCAAGUGCCCGCAGGGUCUGACACUUCUGCUUACGCUCAAGCAUUCUCUAGUGCGCUGUUCAAUGCCGGAGUUCUGAAUGCAAGCAACAUUGACACAUUGGGAUCCCGAGUUCUGUCAGCAGUUUUGAACGGAGUAUCAAGUGCGGCGCAAGGUGUUGGCAUCAGUGUAGAUAGCGGCAGUGUACAAAGUGACAUUAGUUCCAGUAGCAGCUUCCUCUCAACAAGCUCGUCUGCGUCCAGUUUCUCUCAGACAUCAGAUUCUUCUACCUGCGGUGCUGACUACACAGGGCCUGCUGGACCUUCUGGAUAUCCUGGACCUGUGGGUGGCGGAGCGCCGUUCGGUCAAACAUCAGGCCUCACCGCACCUACUGGCGGACAAGGCGCUUUCGGCGGUGCAACAAGUGGAGCGUCUGCUGGCCUUAUCUCCAGAGUAGCAAACGCACUUGCCAAUACAUCAACAUUGAGAACUGUCCUCAGAAGAGGUGUAUCCCAACAGAUUGCCUCCAGCGUGGUACAGAGAGCCGCUCAGUCGUUGUCCAGUACUCUGGGAGUCGACGGAAAUAACUUCUCCAGAAUAGCAUUACAAGCCAUCUCUCAAGUGCCCUCAGGGUCUGACACUUCUGCUUACGCUCAAGCAUUCUCUAGUGCGCUGUUCAAUGCCGGAGUUCUGAAUGCAAGCAACAUUGACACAUUGGGAUCCCGAGUUCUGUCAGCAGUUUUGAACGGAGUAUCAAGUGCGGCGCAAGGUGUUGGCAUCAGUGUAGAUAGCGGCAGUGUACAAAGUGACAUUAGUUCCAGUAGCAGCUUCCUCUCAACAAGCUCGUCUGCGUCCAGUUUCUCUCAGACAUCAGCUUCUUCUACCAGCGGUGCUGGCUACACAGGGCCUGCUGGACCUUCUGGAUAUCCUGGACCUGUGGGUGGCGGAGCGCCGUUCGGUCAAACAUCAGGCCUCACCGCACCUACUGGCGGACAAGGCGCUUUCGGCGGUGCAACAAGUGGAGCGUCUGCUGGCCUUAUCUCCAGAGUAGCAAACGCACUUGCCAAUACAUCAACAUUGAGAACUGUCCUCAGAAGAGGUGUAUCCCAACAGAUUGCCUCCAGCGUGGUACAGAGAACCGCUCAGUCGUUGUCCAGUACUCUGGGAGUCGACGGAAAUAACUUCUCCAGAAUAGCAUUACAAGCCAUCUCUCAAGUGCCCGCAGGGUCUGACACUUCUGCUUACGCUCAAGCAUUCUCUAGUGCGCUGUUCAAUGCCGGAGUUCUGAAUGCAAGCAACAUUGACACAUUGGGAUCCCGAGUUCUGUCAGCAGUUUUGAACGGAGUAUCAAGUGCGGCGCAAGGUGUUGGCAUCAGUGUAGAUAGCGGCAGUGUACAAAGUGACAUUAGUUCCAGUAGCAGCUUCCUCUCAACAAGCUCGUCUGCGUCCAGUUUCUCUCAGACAUCAGAUUCUUCUACCAGCGGUGCUGACUACACAGGGCCUGCUGGACCUUCUGGAUAUCCUGGACCUGUGGGUGGCGGAGCGCCGUUCGGUCAAACAUCAGGCCUCACCGCACCUACUGGCGGACAAGGCGCUUUCGGCGGUGCAACAAGUGGAGCGUCUGCUGGCCUUAUCUCCAGAGUAGCAAACGCACUUGCCAAUACAUCAACAUUGAGAACUGUCCUCAGAAGAGGUGUAUCCCAACAGAUUGCCUCCAGCGUGGUACAGAGAGCCGCUCAGUCGUUGUCCAGUACUCUGGGAGUCGACGGAAAUAACUUCUCCAGAAUAGCAUUACAAGCCAUCUCUCAAGUGCCCUCAGGGUCUGACACUUCUGCUUACGCUCAAGCAUUCUCUAGUGCGCUGUUCAAUGCCGGAGUUCUGAAUGCAAGCAACAUUGACACAUUGGGAUCCCGAGUUCUGUCAGCAGUUUUGAACGGAGUAUCAAGUGCGGCGCAAGGUGUUGGCAUCAGUGUAGAUAGCGGCAGUGUACAAAGUGACAUUAGUUCCAGUAGCAGCUUCCUCUCAACAAGCUCGUCUGCGUCCAGUUUCUCUCAGACAUCAGCUUCUUCUACCAGCGGUGCUGGCUACACAGGGCCUGCUGGACCUUCUGGAUAUCCUGGACCUGUGGGUGGCGGAGCGCCGUUCGGUCAAACAUCAGGCCUCACCGCACCUACUGGCGGACAAGGCGCUUUCGGCGGUGCAACAAGUGGAGCGUCUGCUGGCCUUAUCUCCAGAGUAGCAAACGCACUUGCCAAUACAUCAACAUUGAGAACUGUCCUCAGAAGAGGUGUAUCCCAACAGAUUGCCUCCAGCGUGGUACAGAGAGCCGCUCAGUCGUUGUCCAGUACUCUGGGAGUCGACGGAAAUAACUUCUCCAGAAUAGCAUUACAAGCCAUCUCUCAAGUGCCCGCAGGGUCUGACACUUCUGCUUACGCUCAAGCAUUCUCUAGUGCGCUGUUCAAUGCCGGAGUUCUGAAUGCAAGCAACAUUGACACAUUGGGAUCCCGAGUUCUGUCAGCAGUUUUGAACGGAGUAUCAAGUGCGGCGCAAGGUGUUGGCAUCAGUGUAGAUAGCGGCAGUGUACAAAGUGACAUUAGUUCCAGUAGCAGCUUCCUCUCAACAAGCUCGUCUGCGUCCAGUUUCUCUCAGACAUCAGAUUCUUCUACCAGCGGUGCUGGCUACACAGGGCCUGCUGGACCUUCUGGAUAUCCUGGACCUGUGGGUGGCGGAGCGCCGUUCGGUCAAACAUCAGGCCUCACCGCACCUACUGGCGGACAAGGCGCUUUCGGCGGUGCAACAAGUGGAGCGUCUGCUGGCCUUAUCUCCAGAGUAGCAAACGCACUUGCCAAUACAUCAACAUUGAGAACUGUCCUCAGAAGAGGUGUAUCCCAACAGAUUGCCUCCAGCGUGGUACAGAGAGCCGCUCAGUCGUUGUCCAGUACUCUGGGAGUCGACGGAAAUAACUUCUCCAGAAUAGCAUUACAAGCCAUCUCUCAAGUGCCCUCAGGGUCUGACACUUCUGCUUACGCUCAAGCAUUCUCUAGUGCGCUGUUCAAUGCCGGAGUUCUGAAUGCAAGCAACAUUGACACAUUGGGAUCCCGAGUUCUGUCAGCAGUUUUGAACGGAGUAUCAAGUGCGGCGCAAGGUGUUGGCAUCAGUGUAGAUAGCGGCAGUGUACAAAGUGACAUUAGUUCCAGUAGCAGCUUCCUCUCAACAAGCUCGUCUGCGUCCAGUUUCUCUCAGACAUCAGCUUCUUCUACCAGCGGUGCUGGCUACACAGGGCCUGCUGGACCUUCUGGAUAUCCUGGACCUGUGGGUGGCGGAGCGCCGUUCGGUCAAACAUCAGGCCUCACCGCACCUACUGGCGGACAAGGCGCUUUCGGCGGUGCAACAAGUGGAGCGUCUGCUGGCCUUAUCUCCAGAGUAGCAAACGCACUUGCCAAUACAUCAACAUUGAGAACUGUCCUCAGAAGAGGUGUAUCCCAACAGAUUGCCUCCAGCGUGGUACAGAGAGCCGCUCAGUCGUUGUCCAGUACUCUGGGAGUCGACGGAAAUAACUUCUCCAGAAUAGCAUUACAAGCCAUCUCUCAAGUGCCCGCAGGGUCUGACACUUCUGCUUACGCUCAAGCAUUCUCUAGUGCGCUGUUCAAUGCCGGAGUUCUGAAUGCAAGCAACAUUGACACAUUGGGAUCCCGAGUUCUGUCAGCAGUUUUGAACGGAGUAUCAAGUGCGGCGCAAGGUGUUGGCAUCAGUGUAGAUAGCGGCAGUGUACAAAGUGACAUUAGUUCCAGUAGCAGCUUCCUCUCAACAAGCUCGUCUGCGUCCAGUUUCUCUCAGACAUCAGAUUCUUCUACCAGCGGUGCUGGCUACACAGGGCCUGCUGGACCUUCUGGAUAUCCUGGACCUGUGGGUGGCGGAGCGCCGUUCGGUCAAACAUCAGGCCUCACCGCACCUACUGGCGGACAAGGCGCUUUCGGCGGUGCAACAAGUGGAGCGUCUGCUGGCCUUAUCUCCAGAGUAGCAAACGCACUUGCCAAUACAUCAACAUUGAGAACUGUCCUCAGAAGAGGUGUAUCCCAACAGAUUGCCUCCAGCGUGGUACAGAGAGCCGCUCAGUCGUUGUCCAGUACUCUGGGAGUCGACGGAAAUAACUUCUCCAGAAUAGCAUUACAAGCCAUCUCUCAAGUGCCCGCAGGGUCUGACACUUCUGCUUACGCUCAAGCAUUCUCUAGUGCGCUGUUCAAUGCCGGAGUUCUGAAUGCAAGCAACAUUGACACAUUGGGAUCCCGAGUUCUGUCAGCAGUUUUGAACGGAGUAUCAAGUGCGGCGCAAGGUGUUGGCAUCAGUGUAGAUAGCGGCAGUGUACAAAGUGACAUUAGUUCCAGUAGCAGCUUCCUCUCAACAAGCUCGUCUGCGUCCAGUUUCUCUCAGACAUCAGAUUCUUCUACCAGCGGUGCUGGCUACACAGGGCCUGCUGGACCUUCUGGAUAUCCUGGACCUGUGGGUGGCGGAGCGCCGUUCGGUCAAACAUCAGGCCUCACCGCACCUACUGGCGGACAAGGCGCUUUCGGCGGUGCAACAAGUGGAGCGUCUGCUGGCCUUAUCUCCAGAGUAGCAAACGCACUUGCCAAUACAUCAACAUUGAGAACUGUCCUCAGAAGAGGUGUAUCCCAACAGAUUGCCUCCAGCGUGGUACAGAGAGCCGCUCAGUCGUUGUCCAGUACUCUGGGAGUCGACGGAAAUAACUUCUCCAGAAUAGCAUUACAAGCCAUCUCUCAAGUGCCCGCAGGGUCUGACACUUCUGCUUACGCUCAAGCAUUCUCUAGUGCGCUGUUCAAUGCCGGAGUUCUGAAUGCAAGCAACAUUGACACAUUGGGAUCCCGAGUUCUGUCAGCAGUUUUGAACGGAGUAUCAAGUGCGGCGCAAGGUGUUGGCAUCAGUGUAGAUAGCGGCAGUGUACAAAGUGACAUUAGUUCCAGUAGCAGCUUCCUCUCAACAAGCUCGUCUGCGUCCAGUUUCUCUCAGACAUCAGCUUCUUCUACCAGCGGUGCUGGCUACACAGGGCCUGCUGGACCUUCUGGAUAUCCUGGACCUGUGGGUGGCGGAGCGCCGUUCGGUCAAACAUCAGGCCUCACCGCACCUACUGGCGGACAAGGCGCUUUCGGCGGUGCAACAAGUGGAGCGUCUGCUGGCCUUAUCUCCAGAGUAGCAAACGCACUUGCCAAUACAUCAACAUUGAGAACUGUCCUCAGAAGAGGUGUAUCCCAACAGAUUGCCUCCAGCGUGGUACAGAGAGCCGCUCAGUCGUUGUCCAGUACUCUGGGAGUCGACGGAAAUAACUUCUCCAGAAUAGCAUUACAAGCCAUCUCCCAAGUGCCCGCAGGGUCUGACACUUCUGCUUACGCUCAAGCAUUCUCUAGUGCGCUGUUCAAUGCCGGAGUUCUGAAUGCAAGCAACAUUGACACAUUGGGAUCCCGAGUUCUGUCAGCAGUUUUGAACGGAGUAUCAAGUGCGGCGCAAGGUGUUGGCAUCAGUGUAGAUAGCGGCAGUGUACAAAGUGACAUUAGUUCCAGUAGCAGCUUCCUCUCAACAAGCUCGUCUGCGUCCAGUUUCUCUCAGACAUCAGCUUCUUCUACCAGCGGUGCUGGCUACACAGGGCCUGCUGGACCUUCUGGAUAUCCUGGACCUGUAGGUGGCGGAGCGCCGUUCGGUCAAACAUCAGGCCUCACCGCACCUACUGGCGGACAAGGCGCUUUCGGCGGUGCAACAAGUGGAGCGUCUGCUGGCCUUAUCUCCAGAGUAGCAAACGCACUUGCCAAUACAUCAACAUUGAGAACUGUCCUCAGAAGAGGUGUAUCCCAACAGAUUGCCUCCAGCGUGGUACAGAGAGCCGCUCAGUCGUUGUCCAGUACUCUGGGAGUCGACGGAAAUAACUUCUCCAGAAUAGCAUUACAAGCCAUCUCUCAAGUGCCCGCAGGGUCUGACACUUCUGCUUACGCUCAAGCAUUCUCUAGUGCGCUGUUCAAUGCCGGAGUUCUGAAUGCAAGCAACAUUGACACAUUGGGAUCCCGAGUUCUGUCAGCAGUUUUGAACGGAGUAUCAAGUGCGGCGCAAGGUGUUGGCAUCAGUGUAGAUAGCGGCAGUGUACAAAGUGACAUUAGUUCCAGUAGCAGCUUCCUCUCAACAAGCUCGUCUGCGUCCAGUUUCCCUCAGACAUCAGCUUCUUCUACCAGCGGUGCUGGCUACACAGGGCCUGCUGGACCUUCUGGCUACGCUGGGCCUGUAGAUGGCGGAGCGCAGUUCGGUUCUGUUUCAGGCCAAUCCUCUUUCGGUCAAACAAGUCUUACGGCUUCUGCUGGCGCUCAAGGUGGUUUCCUUGGUGGUGUUCCAUCUGGUCUGACCUCUGGUGCCGGACAGUCGGCUGGAGUAUCUCUCAUAUCUUCUCUUAAUUCACCCGUUGGAUUGAGAUCUGGUUCUGCUGCUUCUAGAAUUAGUCAAUUAACAUCCUCUGUAACAAAUGCGGUCGGCCCCAAUGGUGUUGAUGUUAAUGCUCUUGCCCGAAGUCUUCAAUCUAGUUUCUCGGCACUCAGAAGCUCCGGCAUGUCUUCAAGUGAUGCUAAAAUUGAAGUAUUGUUAGAAACCAUUGUUGGUCUGCUUCAACUCUUGAGCAACACGCAGAUUAGAGGAGUGAACCCGGCAACGGCAUCUUCAGUAGCAAAUUCUGCUGCGAGGUCUUUUGAAUUAGUUUUAGCUUAAGAGAUAUUGAUUGUUCGACUUCGAGAUAAAUAUAAUUUUUUUGAAAUGUAACUUGCUGAUAAAAUUUCGUAUUAAAUUAAAAGCAUUUUUGAAACGCA